AUGGAUAAUGUUCGGGGCUCUGAUGGUGUCAUCACGCCCCUCACGACCCGGGAUAAAACCCACCUUAUCAUGGUAGAUCAGACACGGUAAGGCCAUCGGUAGUCAGAGGGCCAUCGCUUUUGCGAACAAUUUAAGGUCCGCAGAUGGGGUGAUAGCUCAAGAACACCUGGGUCAUUACCCUCUUUUGGUAUGAUUGUCACCACUGCAGCCAGGGUGUUCGAGGGAAACUGCCCCUCUGUGUGGAUCGAGUUGAUCCCUUUCAGAAGUCUCGGCAAGAGAAGAUCGCGAAACAUGCGUAGGUUUGCCAGGGGGAGGCCAUCCGGUACCAGUGCCCAAUGGGUUUUUGACAAUUUGAGAGCUUCAGUUAGCUCCUCAAUAGUCAGUGGUUGUUCUAGUUCCUCCGCCGCCCCCGCUGACAGUGUCCGCUUAACAUUGUGAGCAAGGAAAUCUGUGACCAGGUGGUGCCGCUGAUGCUCUCCUUGGCAUGAUUGGGAUAGAUUAUAUAGUUCUGUAUAGUACGAUUGGAAUGCCUGAAGGAUUCCUUCUGGCAAGCGUGUCUCCUCUGUCAUGUGGUCGAAUCUUGUGGCUAUGGUAGUCGCCAUCUGUCUUGUAGCUGUCAGGCCAGUAGUUUCCCGUUUUGUUAGAAUGUUCGGGGGGAAAAACGAUGUGACUUUCUGAGUGUAUGCAGAAGGCCUUAAGCUAGGAGGUCUCAUAUCUGUCUGUGUGCGUCUGUCAGUUGGAGGAAUGUGACCUCUGCUAGUGUGCGUUUUCGAGAUCUGUGAUUUUGCAAACCAGAGAGGCCGUCCUUCUAGUGCGGGCUUUCUUGUAGUGCGUGCCCAUUUUUUUAUGUAGUGCCCUCUGAUCACCCAUUUGUGUGCCUCCAAGACUGUCAAUGGGGGGGAUUCAGGGGAGUCGUUAGUCUCAAAGUAGUGGGUCAGUUCUUUCCUCGCUGAUUCCAACUCUACUGAUUCUGUCAACAGGUUUUCAUUCAGCUUCCACUGUCGUUCCUUAGGCUUAUACAAGGGGGAGCGCAGUGUAAGCGAUACUGGUAGUGGUCGGUGCUAACCGUGGUCCCUAUCUCUGAGUGAAUGAGUAAGGGUUGGAAUUCUUGUGCCAAGAAGAAGUAAUCAAUAUGGCCAUAGUGUUUGUAAGCUGCAGAGUAAAACGUUAAGUCCCUGUCAUCUGGGUGCACCACCCUCCAGCAAUCCACCAGCCCCAGUCGCCUUAGGGAUUGCCUAGCAAGGUGGAUGUGUCAGUAUGGAAGAGAGCUAAUUCCCCUAGAGGUAUCCUGUCGUGGUAUUAGAGGUAUGUCUGCAACCAGUAAGAGACCCGUUUUUUCACUCGGGACAGCGGUCGUGUCAAAAAGAUAUGUUGGUUCUGAUUCGGACUAUAGAUACAUGCAAAAGUGUACUUGUGGUCAACUAUGGUCCCCUUAAGGAAGAGAUAUCUUCCUUGCAGGUCUGCGAGUGUUUCUUCACAAAUGAAUGGUAUGGUGUUAGCGAAUAAAACGGCUACACCCGCCCUCCUGGCUUCAGUGUGGUUAGCAAAAAAGCCCAAGGGGAGUCUGUGAUUUUAAAGUGUGGGAGCGUCAGGGUCACGGAAAUAUGUUUCCUGAAGGAAGGCUAUAGAGGCACGCUCGGCCCACAGGGAGCGUUCUCUGCGGUAUGGGAUAUUAAGUACUCCGUUAUUCGCAGUGGUUCCCGAUGAUAUAUACAACGAGAGUCAGUCACGCGGGGUCUGUGUCCGAUCAAAAUGUGUAACUUGUACUGUUGUGAUUUCCAGGCCCCGAGCGCAUGCAGCCCACAUGUCAGUUAGAAUAUGGAGACGCAUAUGUUUGUUCGGUCGAACGGUAUGAGGAUGUCUGCUGUGGUCAUGUGCAACCCUGUAUUUACCCACCCACAACGUGCCUUUUCUAUGCGUCAGUAGCUGUCGUCUCUGCCUUUUGCAGCCUUUUCCAUACUGUUCGAAGACAAUUUAAAUUUCUUUAUACAUGAAAUAAACAGUGUACGUAUUUUCAGAAACACCGAAUAGCAAACAUAACUGCAAACCCUUCCCGGUACUCACCACCGCCCACAUUUCUAAACAGGGCUCUCCCCAAGUACCCCACAAUCCCCCUGCACCCUCCUGCCAGCUAUUGUUGUAGGGACAUCUACCGGGUCAUAACCAUUGCAAUGCCCAUGAUCCUGACCUGCGGCAAGCCCCCUCCAGUUCUCCCCCUUCCUACUUGUCUUGUCCCAGGUCCCUCCACCUCUAGGGCCGCACUGGACUCGACUCAUCUGUCCCCUGGUCCCUAUAUUACUCAGCAUCCCCACUCCUUCAAACAUCUCCUCGCGGGGUCCCGGGGACCAGCCCAAGGGACCCCCCGUGGAGAGCCUUUAGUAUGCCCACAGCCCACCAUAGGAACAUUAGCAAGAAACCCUUCAGCUCACGCUAUGAGAUCAGUUCUCAGUAGAGUCCAGCACUAUGGUCAUUCGCCAGAGAUGGGGAUCUAAGCUCAGAGUUUGUCUUUUGCUUUGUGGAUGGGUAGCUCUCUAACUCAAAGUGGGCUUCCCAGAUGCAAAGCAGCUUCUCUAGAGGUGGUCUACAAGGGAUCAGUGGUGUCUGCGGUCGGAACAGGGAGCCACAGCCCAAACAUGGAGCAGGGGAGUAGGCUUUACCCCUGGGUCUGUGGCCAAAAGCCUCCUGGCAACGAAAUCACCCCAGUCCCAAUCAGGGUAUCCCACCCGAAAUGAUAUAUGUCCCCAAGUUGUGGGCCUGUGUGUAAGAUUAUCUCUAACCCACUGCUCCCUGAGAGGUAAGGCCAAAGCGAGCAUCAGGGGUGCAAAGUCUUGAGGCCCCGACUGUAGCGCGAUUCCUAUGUGGGGUGCAUGGAGUCGCUAGGGUUCGGACAUGUCUGUUGUGUGUGGGGUGGAAGUUACCGGACGUCCAAGUGUCCUUGCAUGGUUUAUUCUUCUGGGCCAUUAGGUCCCUCUCUCCUUUGUCCCGUGUUGGUGGGCCAUGCGGUCUCUCCGGGCUAUUAAGUGGUUGUGGUGUAUCCAAUUCGUCUUUCAGGGAGAAGGAAAGCAAACAGCAUAUGACGUCUCUUGGUUGCCUGUCCCCUCUGGGGGAUCUGAGGGCCAUGUGGCCUCUUUCCAGGACAAUGUCUUCUGGUGCCGAAUCUCCCAGGAGUUGUGUGAACAGGCCGGUAAGUAUUUUGGGAAGGGCCUCUCCUGGAUCCUCGGGAAUGCCCCUAAUGCAGAUUUCGUUCCGUUUGCCCCUAUUAUAUAGGUCUUCGAUCUGUCUGUGCAGUUCCAGAAAAAACAUGCCCUGUUUAGCGGUGGCAGUUUCAGCUGCUUGCUGGUUCUAUAUUGUCUGCUGCCUGUCUGCUUACAACUCCUCUACCCUGGUUUCUAGUGCAGUAAGGUCCCUCCGUACCUCCAUGAUCUCCUCUCUGAUGACCGUCCACAUUGCAGUCAGUAAUUCAACUUUGCUAGAACAGACAGAGUGGUACAGCGCCUAGUGGACAACUAGAAAAUAUUUUUAGGUAGGCUGCGCACCCUAGAUUAUGAGGUUCAAAAAAAAAUGACGACAGAUGGAUAAUAGGUUGUGCCUAUACACAGUAUAUAAAAGUAUUAUGAUGGGAAAAAUAUAUAUUUGUGCUUGGAAUCUCUAAUAUGUAAAUGGGAUGUCGAGGAGAAGCAAAGUUGGUUGAGGUGUGCCGAAAACAACGUACGAGUAGGCCUGUAAAAAUAGGGCCCACAAAGUGAAAUGUAUAAAGAAGGGUGUAGGUGAGUGGGGACAAAACAGCUUGAACGGCAAAGGUAAGUAGGGGGGUAGGAUUUAUAUAGGGUCAUAACUCCUCCCACAAAUUCAGGCAAAAUGGCCUUCCAACUUGUGCUCGGAAUCUCUAGUAUGUAAAUGGAAUGUAGAGGAGAAGCAAAGUUGGUUGAGGUGUGCCGAAAUAGAUCGCCUAACCUCCCUUUCCGGUUGAGGGAUGUAGGAGUUGUAUACUGAGGAUUUCCAGCGUCCCCGUCUCUUAAUGAUGUGUUCCGGAGUGUUAGUGCUUGAAGCCAAUGAUGCUGCGCCGAUGCGAAACGGGUGACAGAGAAGAAAGCUGGGUUGUAUCCCAAUCUGGACAGUAGAGUUCUGAUGUGUGAAAUAAAUUUAGCUGUGGUGAGUCGGUGUCCUUGGAGUAGAAGUAGUGGAGUGUCUGGUGAGUGUGUGGGGUGAGAUAACAGGCGCAAAUCAAGAAUAUGUACUGGGCACCACAGAUUCUCGGUAGGGAAGAGGGGAAUGAUAGUGGGAUAGGCAGAGUUAUUGGUUUUAGUUGAAGGUAAGGAGAGUAUGUAAUGGUUGUUUACUUUCUUUAAGUGGGAAAGUUUGAGACAAUGGACUGUGUCUCCUUGACACAUCACAGUGAACUCUCUAGGUCUGAGAAAACCGUAGAAAGCCAAAAAGAUGGUGGAUUUAAUGACCAAAUUAGUACUAUGGUCAAACGGGGAUUUGUCCAAUAGAUCGCUAAAGAACCUAAAUAUUGGACCGUCUAUUGGUAACCUAGUAGUGCUUGGAGGAACUGUGACCUUAAAAAUACCUUUAAGGCUUUUCUUGAUGGGGUAGGAAGAUAGAAAAGGAGCGUGGUUAGGGAAGGUAGUGAUGAUGUGGUGUUGUAGUCCACUAAGGUAGAGUUUGAUAGUGUUGUGUGAAAGUAUUAGGUCUAGAUGGCAAAAAGAGGCAAAAGCCACAAUGGUUUUGAUGGAAAGGUCACCUUGUAAGCAAAACUCGGCGGUAAAUUUGUUAAAAAUAGUCAUUGCCCUAACGUAAGAGAUAAUGGUAUUGGGAGACAGUGCGUGGCGCAUGAGUGCUUGUGCGUGGAGUAAUAGUUUGUUUAAACCAGCUGGUGGAGGUUUCCUGGAGGGUUGUAGGUAGGCUGGAGGAGGAGCCUGGCCGGAGACGUGUAAUUAAGAGCGUGAAAGAGUGUCAGCAGCUGAGUUGUGGCACCGGGGGUGUGGAAUGUUUGAUGUUCCUUUAAAGACUGACUAGACAUGCGACUGAGAGGGCCCUUGGGCUCCCACAGGUGUCUACUAAAAUGGAGGGCCGGAGUACCCUGUUGGGGUCUACAAAUGAUUGGGCAGGGGAUGGGUCUGAAAUAGCCUUAGAAACCAACGCGCACCCCCGCAGUGAAACUCUUGGCAUGACGCCAAGGGGCCCCAUUGAAGACCAGACCCCUCUGUAUCGCCCGUACCACCGGGGGGGGGGACUUGUAGUAUACGUCCAUGAUAAGGAGUCAGCGUUACUGAGGCAACUGGCCUGCAAAGUUAGUACGUAAGGCUAUGGCAAGACACGAGCGUUGCUUGUUGACGGAGGGGUAGUAUUUGAGGUGUAAGAUAUACUUGUCUUGCUUAACUGUGUAUUUCUACCCGCUGAAAUAGUAGAAUAUAGGCAAAUUACAACAAGAACUAUACAUUGGGUAUGAGAGAGACUAAUACUGGAUCUGGAAGGAAAGAAAGAGAUAUGAAAAGGUCAAUAACAAAAAAUGUUUUAUUACUUGCAGUGCCAGUAUGUAGCCUCCGUGAUGGGGUAAGUGUGAAUGGGAUGAAUGAUGCAUGGUUUGGACAUGAUGUUGACGUAUGCUUGUGCACAAAAGGUGGUCCACCAUACGUAGUGCCGUAAAUGCGGGUAACACCUGGUGUAGGUCGUGGGGGGAAAGUCGUGAGUCCCAUGCGAGAGCCUUUGGGAUGGACCCGACACCAGAUAGCUCUCUGUCGCCCAGUAGGUGAAGAGUGCGUGUAGGACCAACUUAUUGUUAGGUGACAGACGUGAUGGGCACAUGGUCUUGGCGUGGGCUCUGAAGCAUAUGGAGCAGAUUUGCAACAAAGUUAUUGCACACCUGCGCCUUACCCAAGAAUGUGAUGGGUCUGCCCAGUUUGUCUCUCUGGCCGCCUUCCUGUCUUGUGAGUGGAGUGAAGGAGUUGUGGGGUGUGGAGGUGGAAGUGGAAGGGUCUGUGUCUCCAGGGAAUAGGUCAGUGGAGUGUGAAGUGGAACCACAUGAGGCACAAGACGGGGGUCUCAAACCAGCGAAAUGAUGGCAAAACAACUCGGUAUCUAUCUGGCACCAAUGAAUUUUAAUAUUGAACUGUGCCAGAUGAGUCGCUGCCUUGGCCGAAACUGAUUUCUGGUAAUCAGAAUGAGGACCCACCAUACUUGAUGCCCAAAUCCACCACCUUGUGCAUAUAUAAAUCAAGCUCCUCUCUCCUAUGUGGGAGCACCGUGCAAAUAACAUCUCUAUAAGUGCCAAAAGAAACUGUGGAAUGGUGAGUUUUUUGUUCAAACGUGGAUUUCUGGCUCUUAAGACUACUGAAAUGUCGACAUAGUUAUAAGCUCUAUUCUCUAGGAUGUCUUGUGAGUCUAUGAGGAGGGACAUUCAAUUUAUGUCGUUCCCAUCAAGAAUAUCUUUCUUGAUGGAAGUCGGGACAGAGUGGGCUGGUGAGGUGUGGGCAGUGGGAGUAGUGGUGGCAGGUGGGGGAGGGGAGAUGAGGAGUAUGGCAGUCAGAGCGGUCGAGGUCACCGGUGUAGGGACUGCUGGGGCUGUUAAAUCACCUGGAGUGGCUAUGGCCGAUUCCACCUUCAGCAACCUGCUGUUAAUGGAUUGCAGAUUGGCCAGUAUUGCCGCCAGAGUUUCCUGGGUGACAGGUGAGGCCCUGCUAUUGCCAAGUGGCGGUGAGAGGCUCUACCUAUGAUUUGGGCAGAGGGGGUUUUGUGGCCACCAGAACAAGGUGGCAGGAUGUCGGCCUCUCAGUGACUGUAAGAGAUUCAAAACGUGUGGCCGUGACAUGGGAAGCCCUAACUGUAGCCCUAAAGAAGAGCGAGUGAGGUGGCUAGCUAUGAUUUGGUCGUGGGGCUGAAUCUCUGUGUAUGAGGUGGAGUUGUAGACUUCGCGGACCGCAGUAUUAUUAGGGAAAGCUAGGGCCAACGCCUGAACCUGAAAGCCAGUUCUCUACCCUGACGGGGGCUUGUCUCUUGAAGGAAGUAUAUAACGUAUGUAGAUACUGACCUUGAGUGUUUGUCCUGUAUAUUUAGGCAAUGCUCAGGGCGACUUCAAUAUAUAUGUCUAUAUACACUGUGAAGAACCGGUGCAGUCCAGGAACCUAGGGGUAAGAAAGAUGCUAGUAGGCCUGAGGCGUGCCAUUGGUAUGCCAAGUGUAAAAAUGUAACAGUAAAACUGUAUCGUAAACACCUGUGUAAUCUGAAGGACCUGAACGUUGGUCCAGAUUUUUUGAGACAGGCCCCUGGGUUCCCACAAAUUAGUAAUAUUUGUGAUAGAUAUGAAGGCGAAGUGAGGCCUUAGAAGGACGUAAUCCUAGUGAGUAAGAUUUAAGGAUACCUGAUACUGAAACGUCAGGAACUAGGUAGCCUGAUGGUCGUUGAAGGCGUAGUGAAUCUGCGAAAUGGUGCAGGUCUAAGUAAUGAUAUAUAGAAAUUAAAAACAGAAUUAACACUUAAUAUAAUAGUAACAUGGAGGGUGAGGCAUUUUUAAACCUGGUGUGUUUAAAGUUUGAACCCACUUUGGGAGGUGGGAGGGCAUUGUAAAAAAGGCUGUGGAGGCUGAAUGAGGCCUCAGGAGAAACAUAAAAAGUUAACCUUUUUUACCUGAUACCGUGAAACGGGAUACUGGAACCACCUCCUGGAGUCUUCUUGAAGAAGAGUAGUACAACCUAAAACAUGUUCAUUUACUAAGAAUAAGGAACCUGAGUAUAGUGUUUCAAUAUAAACAGAGAUUUAGAAAUAAGAGCUACUGAAAAAAUUGAGAGUGGAGCUCGAUAAAUUUAAGAGGUUUGAUGGGGUUCAGCCCAUUGAGAGAGGAGAAAACAAAACCGUAAAAGGGUUAACAGUUUCUUUAAGAGAAUACCCCUGGGAAACUAUGCAUAAUUAAAUGUGACAAUGAGUGGUGAAUAGUGCCACUUAGAUUUAGGGAAAAUGUAGAGAGAACAUAUGUUAUUAAAGAAUACAUACAGCACACCUGAGAGACCAAAAAAAAUUGCCCUCUUCGCAGACGACAUACUUCUAAUUUUAACUGAGCCAGAAUCCUUUAUCCCACAUUUGGUAGGACUACUGGGACAAUACAGGAUGGUGUCCUACUAUAAAAACAAUUCUGCCAAGACCCAAGCAUUACCCAUUAACCUACCACGAGAUACAAUCACACACCUAGAAAGCAAAUUCAACUUUGAUUGGGGCAAAAAAAUCACUACAAUACCUAGGUAUACAACUGACCAAAACCAUACAAGCCAUUCCCCAAGAGAACCACAUACCAUUACUGAAGAAAAUUAACCUGGGACGAUGGGCCGCCCUGGAGAUCUCGUGGCUGGGUCGCAUUAACUCCCUAAAAAUGAUGACACUCCCGCUGAUUCUAUAUCUCUGUUGUACCCUACCCAUAACAUUACCAACCAAAUUAGUGAACAGAUUCCAAUCCACAAUUAAUGCACACGUCUGGAAGAAAAAGCCUCCCAGAAUUGCACGUCACAAACUGGGGCUCCCUUACACGAAGGGUGGUCUAGGACUACCUGACAUAAAAGCAUAUUACAGAGCAUCAAUACUAGGACAGGGUAUAAGACUCCUCAAAGCUCCACAGGCACAACAGUGCCCUGUCUGGUUGUCACUAGAAAAUGCAUGCUUAUGUACAUACGACAUAACGCACUCCCUGUGGGUUAGCACGAACCACAAGAAGGCAGGCGCGAGGCCGCUACAUUGCACUGACUUUUUGCUCUCCUCCUGGGUAGCCUGGAGCCCAACUAUAUUAUCCAUUAAGGCGGCCCCGGUAGAAUCUCUAGCGACUCUCUCACCGGACUUAGCAAUCAAAACAUGGACAGAGAAGGGGGUACUCAAGGUGCGAGACCUGUUAGAGGGGAAUAAUAUAAGAACCUUCCCGGUCCUUUAACUACAAUACUCCCUGACACCAAGAGACCUAUUCUUACACCUCAGAGUAAAAAACAUAUUGACGAACCGGAUAAUACUAAGUCGCACUAAGCCCCAGUUGGGUGUGAUGCCCCUCCCUCAAAUGCUAUCUCCAAAACAGUCAAAGCCCCUCUCACUCUGCUACAAUGCUAUCCGGGGGGGUCCGGCUCAUGCGAAACUAUCAUACAUGUCUCAGUGGGAGAAGGAAUUGGGUAUGAAGUUCCCCAUAGAACAAUGGCACGAAGCCAUGGCAAUGACAAAAAAAGCCUCCAGAAGCCUUUCGCUGUGGGAGGCAUACUGUAGGAUAGCUAUGAGAUGGUAUUUAGUGCAGUACAGACUACCCCGCCAGAACACUACCUCCUGCAUAUGUUGCCUGCAUUGGUGGGACACCAAUAUAAUAGGAAUAUAAUAGGACCGCGUGUGAUAGAUUUUAUGAAACGAAAAGCUAGUAACAAAGCCGUUCGUACUUGUUUCGGCUAAUCGAAAGUGAGAAACAGGCAAACGUAAGGUGAGUAUAAACGUUCAGUAAAUUAUUUUAACGAAAGAAGAACGAAAGCGUGUGUACUCUGCGGUCGGCUAAAAAGCCGCACGAACGCAGAAGUACACGAACGGCGGAAUUACACGAACGGGUAAGUAAAAUAGGGAGCCUAUCCCCGCAUUUUUAGGCCCGAACGUGGAAAAUAGCCGAACGCUAUUUCCCACGUUGAUGCUUAAGUGUGCGUGCCGGUCUCGUGACCGGAAGCCAGAUAGCCGGGUAACGAGUAGGGGAUACAGCGGGGCAGCCGGUGGAUGAGCCCGGAGGUCAAUGGCAGGAGCUGCUAAAGACCGACUGUUUGUUUGUUCCAGGCAAGACUGGCGGGAACAACGAACCGGAAGUGCAGGUAACAAUGGAAACAAAACAGCUUGAACGGCAAAGUUAAGUAGGGGGCUAGGGUUUAUAUAGGGUCAUAACUCCUUCCACAAAUUCAGGCCAAAUGGCCUUCCAACAUAUAUAUAUAUUUUUUUUUUUUGUUACUUACAAUAAUAAGCCAGACAGAAAACAGAUUAUAUUCCAAAUGGUAUAAUGUAGGAAUGGAUAAAAAAAAAAAGUCCAGUUCUAUUGUUUACUGUUGUGGAUCUGUGUCGUAGAGAUCUCUGGAUAAUGUUGAGUCUUGAUCCAGUUAGCGCAUAAAAAGAAAAAAGAAACUGAAAUAGUGUAAUAUAUCUUAAAUGCGGGUACGAAGGAUAUAAAAAAAAAUCUGCUGAGGUUACACUCAUCUAUUUAAUAGCUAGUAUAAACUCAGGUGAGAUGAAUGUUCAGUGGUGUUGAUCCCCCACUGGUAGGAUAUAGGAGAUGAUGAUCGUCUGUGGAUCCCUCAGAGUGGAGAUAUUUCAGUAGAGGGAGAUAAAAACAAAAUAGUGCUCUUUGUGUAUGUAAAAAUCUGCUAUGGUAUCACUCAACUAUUGUUCCCCCACUGGUGGGAUAUAGAUGAUGAUGUUCGUCUGUAUAUCCCUCAAAGUGGAGAUAUAUCAACAGAGGAAAUAAAAUAAAACAGAAUAGUGCUCUCUGUUUACACAAUAUUAUAUAUGGUAGAGGUAGGAAGAUAUUAUACUCACAUUUAAGUAUAAAUGGAGUAUAAUCCCCACCUAGGAUUAUUUGGUAAGUAGAUCUUCAGGAAUUCUGGGUGACCUGGUUAAAAAUGGAUAAAAAGGUAUAUAGCACAAAAAUAAAAAGCCAAUAUUCCAAACAUAAAAUAACUUAAAAUAGACAAAACACGGGGGCGGGACCUGACCUCGGAACGAAGCAGUCGGACGUUCCCACAGCUCCUGCUUUGGGCGCCGGUAUUUACCGAUUAAAAAACCACAACAAGCGACUAUUGACCCAAUGCCAGCUGCCGUGUGCAGGGGGAAAACAAGCCCUACGUGCUGAUACCAAAUUUGCUGACCUUUGAGUCGGAUUCGACCAAGCGACCACUGCGGCCUGCAAGCAUGGCUGGCGUGGGAGAGACGGUCGCGGCAAACAGAGGAAUUUUCCGACAAGGACACCCACUCCUUCCCUAUGUACCGGUGGGGGUUAUCCCGGACCCCACCGACAAACAACACGUUUUUGCUCACACUCUCACUGCCCACGAAGGAUUGGGCUCAGCACGGGGCGGGCCUAGUAAACAGGCCACAACACAAAUGGCGCCUACAUAUGCAGACCCCGGCGAUGACAUAAUUGCACGCUGCCUCCGAUGCAUAGACAAGGCAUUCCAGCGCUUCUGGGAGCAACUGGAACGGCAAAUGACACCACAGUCACCAAGGUCUGUGAGGGAGGGUCCCCCUAGACUCGUCCCAUAGACUCAUCCCGCAACCAGGCAUCCCACAAGGUGCACCCAGCAGGUAUACCCAAGAUGGUGGACGCGCUCUCUAAACAGAGGCAUGAACUGAACAGACCAGAGCCAGCCCCGCCGAGCUCGUUCAACAUUAUGCUACAACGUCUUGACAAAACAUUCCAAAGAUUCUGGCGACAGCUGGAGGAACAGAUGGUGGCGCCACAGGCCCAGCAUCAGGGGAGAGAACGAACUGCGGAGAGUCGCGUAGGAUCUGGGCCUCCUCUGAGCAAAGCAACCCCACAAACAACUGGGAGACCUAGUCGCCCACCCUGACCAAAGAGGUAAAACCUCGAAGGUGGAGAAACAACACCUACAUACAGCGACUGCAUAGCACACAACUACCACAACCUCACCUGCCUGCACACGCACGCGUGAACCACUUCGGCAGGCACAUGGCUCAGGGCCCGGAGGGAGCCCGCAUCAAGCGGCAUGGAGUGCACCGCCGCCAGUUGACGAAGACAGUGCAUGAUCAUUCACCGCAGAGAAGCACCCACAAAUCAGGCAGGAGAAUCCACAGCCAGACGGCAAUACACAACGGAAGGCUGAAUGCCCCUCGCCAUCUGACAUGCCACCAAAGUAUUUACUUACUGGGACUCACCUUCUUAGGCUGGAUGCCUAGCUCCACCAGAUGGGACUUUGACUUGCCCUUGAAAGGCAUUGGCUGAAAGACACCAGAACUGUCCAAAAAUUAGGCACCAGGUUCGACACCAUGCCAUAAUAGCCUGCCUCUCCAUACUCACAAGACAACGCUGACCGGAUUCCCACGUCUAUCAUUAGGGGCCUUAUGGGGAAAACCCUCUCUACAGACGAGAACCCUUCAUUAAGAUCUACACUGUUAUGUGCACUUGCUGUUUUUCAUGCAAUGUUCUGUUCUGCCUUUUUUUAAUUUAAAUUUACUACAGUAGAUUAAACUAAACCUGUUUAUUUACAAAAGGAAACACGAGCAACACAAACACCAAGACACUGACACACACAGACUCUCACGUAACACUCCUGUAUCAACCUAACUUUAACAGCAAGCAUGUCGGCUUGCACACUCUGAUUUAACUUUAACUGAUUCUACCUGACUACACUAUAGCUCUCUCAUGUCAUAACGGAAACAUGCGCAGAAACAGCUUAUAAUUCUGUAGACACGUACUCUCAUGCUUGUUGAAAUAUUACAAAUGAUUGCUACGCCAGUUAACAUAGCUUGUUUACCACACCAUAUUGUUUUACUCACCUACUAAAUCUAUUAUAAUGUUAUUGUUAUUCGCCUGUCAUUAUAAUAUAAAAAUGUGCAAUUUCUACUAAUGCCAUACUAAUAAUAUCAUUUACAUGUUAUACAACACUUGACAGAGCUGUUGUUGCAUAUUAAGCUUGAUUGUCAACUCCUGCACCAUAAAAAUAAAGAAUUUAAAAAAAAAUAAUAAUAAUAAUACAUUAAUCAGAAGAACAUUGUUCAUUAAUAUGACCUGCAAAAAAUAACUGGUUAACAUUUAAACAUAAAAUUUCUUCUUUCAGAUUUUCCUCUGGAUUUAGUGACUGCAGUAUUGAAGAUAUGGAUGCAUUCUAUGGAAAAAAUCAAGCCCAGUGCCUUUGGAACAAUCCAUUUACUGCCAAACUUGUUUCUAAUAAUGCUGACUGUACUUCUAAAGAAGUUUGUAUUUUUAAUUGGAUUACAGCAAUAUUAUAUUUAAAUACUAACAAUUUGAAAAUACUACAUGUGGUGUUUAAAAGGCUACUUUAACCCUUUUAAAAAAAAAAAGAAGAACAUCUACUUUAACCCCUUAAGGACCAAACUUCUGGAAUAAAAGGGAAUCAUGACAUGUCACACAUGUCAUGUGUCCUUAAGGGGUUACAAAGCCACAUUGGGAUUCCACAACCCAUCCAAUUUCACUGGUGCUCUUUUGAGGUCCAAUCAAAUGCUCCUCUGCCAUGUAGUGGAGGUGGACGGAGGGAGGAGAUUUAUUUUUUAAAUGUAAUAAUUGCACUGUAGGGAGGAAGGUACACUUAAGCUUUUCCCAUGGAUAAAGGGAGGGGACACUAAAGCUUCCUCUUGCAGGCACGCUGCCUGCAAUGAAGAAGCUCAUUAUGUCUGUUGUCAGUGCGCUGAUGAGAGAAUUAAUUGUUGCACAGAAUAGGCAUUAGGAAGUCAGGAAUAGUUUAAUAUGCCUAAGUCAUGUGUGAUACUAGCACCUGGCACAAAGGUGCAGAAUGCAAACGAAAUAGCAGGGGCAUAAAUAACACAGUGCAGUUUAUUGGGCUCAUUUAUAAAAUAUUUGCAUUACUAGAAUCAUUGUUAUGCUAUUUGUGCAAUUACCUUUUUCAUUAAGAAUUGUUUUUAUGCACCUUUUACAUUGAUAUAUUAUUUCUAGAUAACUCAUAUACUGAUUAAUGAAGAAAUAUUGGUUUGAUCUAUUCUUUGUUUUCCUACAGCAAUGUACAACUAAUUUAUGUUGUGAUCCAAAAACCUGUCAACUAAAAGAGAAUGCUACAUGUUCAUCUGGGCUUUGUUGUAAAAACUGCUUGGUGAGAGACCUUUACAAUAUAACUGUUUUGUUUUAGAGAGUUGUGUUUUUCACUAUAUCAUAAUUUAGAUUGUAUGCAUACACGUUAACUCAUGUAAAGGCAGUUAAAAUAUUAUUUUGUCUGAUAUACACUGAACAAAAUUAUAAACGUAACAUUUUUGGUUUUGCCCCCAUUUUUCAUGAGCUGAACUCAAAGAUCUAAGACUUUUUUAUGUACACAAAAGGCCUAUUUCUCUCAAAUAUUGUUCACAAAUCUGUCUAAAUCUGUGUUAGUGAGCACUUCUCCUUUGCCGAGAUAAUCCAUCCACCUCACAGGUAUGGCAUGUCAAGAUGCUGAUUAGAUAGCAUGAUUAUUGCAAAGGUGUUCCUUGGGCUGGCCACAAUAAAAGGCCACUCUAAAAUCUGCAGUUUUAUCACACAGCACAAUGCCACAGAUGUCGCAAGAUUUGAGGGAGCGUGCAAUUGGCAUGCUGACUGCAGGAAUGUCCACCAGAUCUGUUGCAUGUGAAUUAAAUAAAUGUUCAUUUCUCUACCAUAAGCCGUCUCCAACGGCGUUUUAGAGAAUGUGGCAGUGCAUCUAACCGGCCUCACAACCGCAGACCGCGUGUAACCACACCAGCCCAGGACCUCCACAUCCAGCAUCUUGACCUCCAAGAUCGUCUGAGACCAGCCACCCGGACAGCUGCUGUAACAAUCGGUUUGCAUAACCAAAGAAUUUCUGCACAAACUGUCAGAAACCAUCUCAGGGAAGUUCAUCUGCAUGCUCAUCGUCCUCAUCGCGGUCUCGACCUGACUGCAGUUCAUCAUCGUAACCGACUUGAGUGGGCAGAUGCUCACAUCCGAUGGUGUCUGACACUUUGGAGAGGUGUUCUCUUCACGGAUGAAUACCGGUUUUCAUUGUACAGGGCAGAUGGCAGACAGCAUGUAUGGCAUUAUGUGGGUGAGCAGUUUGCUGAUGUCAACAUUGUGGAUUGAGUGGCCUAUGGUGGCAGUGGGGUUAUGGUAUGGGCAGGCGUAUGUUAUGGACAAUGAACGCAGGUGCAUUUUAUUGAUGGCAUUUUGAAUGCACAGAGAUACAGUGACGAGAUCCUGAGGCCCAUUGUUGUGCCAUUCAUCCGCGACCAUCACUUCAUGUUGCAGCAUGAUAAUGCACAGCCCCAUGUUGCAAGGAUAUGUACACGAUUCCUGGAAGCUGAAAACAUCCCAGUUCUUGCAAGGCCAGCAUACUCACCGGACAUGUAACCGAUUGAGCAUGUUUGGGAUGUUCUGGAUCGGCAUAUACGACAGCGUGUUCCAGGUCCUGCCAAUAUCCAGCAACUUCGCACAGCCAUUGAAGAGGAGUGGACCAACAUUCCACAGGCCAAUAUCAACAACCUGAUCAACUCUAUGCGAAGGAGAUGUGUUGCACUGCGUGAGGCAAAUGGUGGUCACACAAGAUACUGACUGGUUUUCGGAUCCCCACCCUCCCCCGGAUCCUCACAAUGCAGUAAAACUGCACAUUUCACAGUGGACUUUUAUUGUGGCCAGCCUAAGGCACACAUUUGCAAUAAUCAUGCUGUCUAAUCAGUAUCUUGAUAUGCCACACCUGUGAUGUUGAUGGAUUAUCUUGAUGGGCCUUUUGUGUACAUAGAAAAAGUCCAGCUCAUGAAAAAUGGGGGCAAAAGCAAAACUGUUGCGUUUAUAAUUCUGUUCAGUGUAAUAAAUAAUAGGAAAUAAAUGCUCCUUAUUAGCUGGUAAUCAUGCAAUCUAAACAGUAUUUAUCAGCCAGUAGACUGUUUUUUCUGAGGAUAGAGUACAAACACCUUAUUAUUAUAGCCUUUGAGUUCAGAUUAUGUUAGUAUAACAUUUUGUAAAACAAAAAGUCUAGUAUGUAGUGCAUUCCUUCUCUCAGUCCUAUAGUACUCAAAUAUAUGCAUAUUAUUAUUACCGUUUAUAUAGCGCCAACAGAUUCCAUAGCGCCAACAGAUUCCAUAGCGCUUUACAAUCUGCAUAUCCAUUUCCUUAGUUCAAUGUCAUAUUCUGCAUUUCUGUAUCCAGUAUAAAAUGGUAAAAAAUCACAAAGCCCAACAAAACAAAUAGUGUAUUUUGUCUGUAAACAUAUCCUAUUUUGAUCAGCUUUUUAUCUGGGUUUAGGGGCUGCUGAAGCAGUCAGCACAUAACCCAUUUUGGUUUAUAACAUAUAGCAAUAUAGGAAAGUACCAGAUCAAUUUACAUAGUCCAUUAGGUUAAAAGAACACUAUAGUGUGAGGAAUACAAACGUGUUUGUAUACAGUGUAACAGCAACUAGAGGCAUGUUAACCCUGCAAUAAAAACAUUGCCAUUCCUGCGAAACAGCAAUGUUUUCUGCUGCAGGAUUAAUACUACAGGGACAUGGUGCCUAAACCACUUCAUUGAGAUGGGGUGGCCUGGAUGCCUAUAGUGUCCUUUUAAUGAGACACUGUAUUAGCAUGUAAAAAAAAUAUGGAGAAUAGAAAGCACUGUGUUAGGGAUUAAGUCUGUUUUCUUAGAAUUUUCCCUUUAACCCCUUAAGGACCAAACUUCUGGAAUAAAAGGGAAUCAUGACAUGUCACACAUGUCGUGUGUCUUUAAGGGGUUAAAAGGAGAAUGGUACUUCCACAUAGCAUAAUAUAAUUACACACAAAUAUCUUCACACACUAAUUAACCCCUUAAGGACUCAGCUUCAAAAACUGGACAUACCCUUAAAGACAGAAGUGCAUCUCUGGUAUACCACGUAUAGCAGAAAACACCUUAGUGUGAAAAGGAGAAAAGGGCAAAAAAAGUACUUUUACCCUAAUAAAAUAUUGCAUGUAGAGUAGGACUCCUCCAAGCCCUCAAUCACAGAAUACAAAGUACCAAAUACCAGGUAACUACAAUGCAAAAAAAAGAGAUAAACAUAGGGCAAUAUUGCCGUAGCUAAAACAAUAUAAAAAUGGGUAGAAUGCACACUCACAAAUCCAAAUUUGAUUGAAGGCGUAUCAAAUAAUAUGUAGAGUAUCCCUGUUUUCAGAUUGCAACAUGUGGGAGAGAGGAAUUUAAGAAAUAAUAGUGCAGAGUUUCUAAAAACAGUAUAAGUCUUUAAUAAAUAUUGCAGUUACAAGAUAAAGGUAUUAGAAAAGCACAUCACAAAAUACCAUCUCGAUAGCAGCAUACAGGAACACCUUCAGACGUAAUGUACACUGAUGGGAACCUCAAGCAGCAUCAAAAAUAGUAAAUAAAGUAAAAAAAUGGAAUAAAACAAACUCUUAGCACUUAGGAAGCAAGCCUUACGCGUUUCGUUCAGAGAACUGAACUUCUUCAGGGGCAAAACCAAUCAAAAAAAACAGUCUCCCAGUUAAGCAGCUGAUUGGUGUAAAACCACAGUACAUUUAAAUACAGUUACCAUUUCCUGCGGAUUCCCGCCCACCUAGGCAUACCAUUUCUUAAAGAAGACAUCCAAGGGUAUUUCAAAAGGCAUAUUUUGAACCUUAGCGUGGAAUAAUUUUUCUGCUAGCUUGUACCAAGUGAAGUGGUAAUAAGCAUUUUUAAUGCCUUUUUGACAGACAAAGUGAGUUUGCACAGUAUAUUUUGCAAACCUUAUAUGUGCUACGACUGUAUAAUACUUCAUAUGUUGCUCAGCUAUCUCGUCUGAGUACAACAAUACCCCCGUAUGUACCUUUGCCAGGUGUAUGUGGAUGUUGAAGGGGCACAUUUGAGACGCAGCCCUCCAGUUUUUUUUCUAACUUUGAAGUUUUACGCUGUGUCCAUGUUUCAUUUUAGAGUACUUUAGCUGGUUGGGUAUUCAAACCUCCCCACAAACACAUACUAUUUAUUAAAGAAAACACAAUAAUAAUUAAAAAGGCCUAUUCUGAACCUUAGUGUGAGAUAAUUUUUUUCGCUAGUUUGUUCCAGGUGUAGUGGUAAUGAACAUUUUUAAAUGUAUUUUUUAAACAAUUUUUACCUUUUAAAACUUGUUUUUAAACUUUUUUUUACUUUUUAAAACUUUCUUGAAACUUUUUUACACUUUUAACAUUUUUAUAAACUUUUUUUUUACCGUUAACCCCUAACUAGCAGUAAGCAGCACACAGUAAUAUAACAGUAAAUUCCCCAAUUUCCCAUAACUCCGACCCAUCCCAGCUUGCAAAAUAUAUCAUUUUAAAAUAUUUAAAUUAAUUAACGAAAUAAAUUGAAUCCCUGAGGGUUAAAAAAAAAUAAUAAAGAACCCUCAGGGAUUAAAAACAAACAAAACAUAUCACAGUAUAAUACUGUGAUCUGUAUUUUGAUCACUGUAGGCAGUGAUCAACUGACAGGGAAGGGGUUAAUUUUUAUUAGGACUGAGUAAGGGGGGGGGGUAUUUUUUUUACUUUUUUAAACAUUAUUCAAACUCUUUUUCUAACUCUUUAAAAAAAAAGUAAAGCUUUUUUUAACGUUAACCCCUAGCUAGCCUAACACCAAAUUCCCCAAUUCCCCACUAACUUCCACCCAUCCCAGCUAGCUAAAUAUUACAUUUUAAAAUAUUUAAAUUAAGUAAUAAAACAAAUUUAACCCCUGAGGGUUAAAAAAAAUAAAACGUAAAAAUCAGAUCACAGUAAAAUGUAGUCCCUGCCAAUUCCCCAAUUCCCCACUAACUUCCACCCACCCCAGCUAGCUAAAUAUUUAAUUUUAAAAUAUUUAAAUUAAGUAAUAAAACAAAUUUAACCCCUGAGGGUUAAAAAAAAUAAAACGUAAAAAUCAGAUCACAGUAAAAUGUAGUCCCUGCCAAUUGAUCACUGUAGUCAGUGAUCAGUUGGCAGGGAAGGGGUUAAUUUUAUUAAAGCAGGGGAAUGGGGUGGGAUUUAAAUUUUACUUUAUUUUUUUACACAGGGAGAAGAUUGGCAGCACUGUUCCAUCUUCCUGCAGGGACAGCGCGAUCACGUGCUCCCGAUCUGCCUUGAAUAUUGAGGCAGACCAGAGCCGCGUUAUCGCCGCGAUUGCGGAGAUCUCGGGUUAAUUUUAGCACAUGACGGACCGGGUCCAUCAUCCGGCAUGUGCUUCCCCAGCAUGAAGGACCCAGUUCGUCAUCCAGUGUUACGGGGUUAAAGUAAUACUAAAAAUACCAGGAAUACAAAGCUGACCAAAGGUCCGUUUCGAUUCAGGAAGCCCUCUAGUGGUUGUCUGGGAGACAGCCACUGGAGGCAGACUUAGUGCUGCAAUGUAAACAUUGCAGUUUCUCUGGAACUGCAGUGUUUUACAUUGUAGCACUAAGUGCAAAAGGGACAGUGCACACAGACCACUUCAGCAAGCUGAAGUGGUCUGGAUACCUAUAGUGUCCUUUUAGGUUCCUAUGAGCAAUUUUCAAGAUCUGAGUCAACCAUAUCUGCACACAUUCACAUUAUUCACAACCACUAUGCAAAACAUUUUAAAGCAUAAAAUUAUAACUAGAUAAAAGUACAGUGCCCAAAAAAGAUCAUGCACAAAAAAAAUCACAUGAAUUUAACUUACCUAAAGGAUAAUGAACUUGAAUUUGAAAUGAAAUUGUUCCUCUUUAAAAUGUAAUAUUGCAACCCUGAAGAUUUACCCUGUAGGGUCAGUUCUGGUUAUUUAGCAAGAGGAUGCCCCGGUGCACUUUGAGUGUGAUAAGGCCGCAGCCCCACAUUGAGGCACACCCCAUGUUUGUAUUCAAAGGUAUGUGUAUAUCAGAAAAAAACACUGUAAGCAGUGUGAAAUGAGCUUGCAAAAUGUAAUUCUGAAACCUAGUGGAAGUACACAGAAAUUGCCCAUUUUACCAGUUUGUUUUAAAGUGUGCUUGCUUUAAAAAGAUAUGUAAUUUGCCAUAUAUAAUAUAACUGCUGAACAGACGAGUACAGGUAGUUCCUGACUUUACGAACUAAUUGGUUCCGAAGCCUAGUUCAUAAAGUGAGUUACACCGCAAUGUAUUAAUCAUGAGUUCAGAUCCUGACCAAAAACAAUUUCCAUUAAAAACCUUAAUUAUGAAGUACAUAUACAAGAUGAAAGCAUAGCAAAUACAUAUAUGUUGUAGGAACAUUAAAGGAAGACAUACCAUAUUAAACUUCAUCAAACCAUCAUCAGUCAUCUAACUCCACAGCGACAUGCUGCACUUGUUGAAUGUAACACUGCGAUUGUUUCCGGUUCGGUUGAGACGCUCCAUGUGUCUCAGUCACCCUCCAGCACCUCCAUAUGUCUAAUUUCCCCCUCCAAGUGUCUCAUUACCCUGCCCACCCCCAGCACCUCCAUAUGUCUCCUUCCCCUCCCAGUGUCUCAUUAUCCCCCCAGCUCCUCCAUGUGUCUCAUCCCCCUCCCCCCCCUCCCCCCAAUGUCUUAUUACCCUCUCCCAGCCCCUCCAGGUGUCUUAUUCCACCUCUGUGUCUCAUUACCCCCUCCAAGACCCCUCCAGGUGUCUCAUUCCCCCUCCCAGGGUCUCAUUACCCCCUACCAGCCCCUCCAGGUGUCUCAUUGCCUCCUUCAAGCCCCUCCAGGUGUCUCAUUCCCGUUCCCAGUAUCUCAUUAUCCCUCCAAGCCCCUCCAUGUGUCUCAUUCCACCUCUCAGUGUCUCAAGACCCAUCCAUGUCUCAUUACCCAUUAGUGUCUCAUUACCCUCCCAGCCACUCCAGGUGUCUCAUUCCCCCUCCCAGUAUCUCAUCCCUCCCAGCCCCUCCAGGUGUCUCAUUCCACCUCUCAGUGUCUCAAGACCCAUCCAUGUGUCUCAUUACCCCGCCCAGUGUCUCAUUACCCCCUCCCAGCCACUCCAGGUGUCUCAUUCCCCCUCCCAGUGCCUCAUUAUCCCCUCCCAGCCCCUACAGGUGUCUCAUUCCCCUUCCCAGUGUCUCAUUACUCCCUCCUAGCACCUCCAGGUGUCUCAUUCCCCCUCCAGUGUCUCAUUACCCCCUUCAAGCCCCUCUAGGUGUCUCAUUCCCCUUCACAUCGUCUCAUUACCCCCUCCCAGUCCCUCCAGGUGUCUCAUUACCCCUCCCAGUGUCUCAUUACAGCCUUCAAGUGUCUCCUCCCCCCAAACCCCUCCAUGUGUCUCAUUCCCCUCUCCCAGUCCCUCCAUGCGUCCCAUUCCCCCUCCUAGCCCCAUCCAUGUGUCUCAUUUCCCCCCUUCCCUAACUGUCCAUGUGUAUCUCCUCCCUCCCCUCCUGUACCUGCCAUGUGUCUCUCCCCCUCCCUUCCUGUACCUGCCCAUGUGUCUCUCCCCCCUCCCUUCCUAUACCUGCCAAUGUGUCUCUCCUCCCUCCCUUCCUAUACCUGCCAAUGUGUCUCUCCUCCCUCCCUUCCUAUACCUGCCAAUGUGUCUCCCCCCCUCCCCUCCUAUACCUGCUCACCAUGGUACAGUACCCGGUCUGACAGAAAGUGCUCUCUCAGUGAGCACUUCCUGGCAGACAGCAGUCUGCUUGGCCACACUACAACAGCAGCAGGAGGGGAGCAGCUCAGCACAGCACUCCCCUCCUUCUGAACACCAUCAUUGUUACUUACCUUUCUCUUUUCCUGGCCACAAACUCUGCUCUUUGGUCUGCAUUCACGGAGCGCCAGCACAAAAUGGCGACAAAAUAAAAUGGCGUUUGUAAAGGUGGGAAAACGUAAAGCUGGAGUACGUAAACCGGGAAAUGCCUGUAGUUGGUUUUCUGUUCCUAAAAGACACCUAACAACCAGUUCCCAACUAUCUGAAGUACAAGAGGAAUGUCGGGUAGAGGCCACUCAUAUACUUCAACCCUCAAAUAUCCCAUACUUUAAAAAUUAACUCUAAACCCUAUUCAUAAGCCCAAAGCAUAGCUCUGACGCCAAAAGAAAGGCAUUAAAAAAUAAUGCAGUAUACCUUGCCUUAUAAUAAUGGUGGUGCUGAAACGUCACUUUCUCAUUCGCACAUGCUAUGAAUCAUGUGUACUAUAAAUAGAAUGAUGAGGGGUAAAACAGCAUAUUUAUCUAUAGAUGUGUUUCUUUCUUACAGUUUGUCGCUAGAGGAAUACCUUGCAGGAUGCCCAGCACUGAGUGUGACCUAGCAGAAUACUGUGAUGGAAUAUCUAGCACUUGUCCUCCAGACACUUAUAUGCAAAAUGGUUCUCCAUGUCACAAUGGGCAGUCUGUGUGUUAUGAAAAAAUGUGCUAUAACUAUAACAAACACUGCCAGAAAAUAUUUGGAGAAAGUAAGUUUUCACUCAUGUCUAUAGCUAGGAUUUAAACAUUGGUAUAAUGUAAUAUUUAUGUGACUUGUUAUACAUUUAGAAAAAUACAAAUAAAUAGGUGUUUUGGGUCUCAAGAAGGGCCCAUAUGUCAUUAGUCUCCUUUGAGAAAAAUUUAAUGGGGAGUUCCCCAGUAAUAGAAGAAUGAGUGAUGCGUUGGCUCUUCCCAAAAAUCCCAGAACCCCUAAAAGCUAGAAGUGGCCUUUUUCGCCUUUGUGUAGUGGCAUGAGGGGUUUAAAACUGGAAGAAAAUCUUGAUUACUUCUUCUAAUAUCCUUCAUCCCUUUUUGACGUGUGUGGUUUAUAAAUAUUUAACCUAAAAAUAAAAUUUACAUCCCCCUACAUGCACCAGUAUCACAUUCCUGUGUGCUUUAGGACAGGCUGGCAAAAUGAUGAUGACGAGUAUGUGUAAUGUCCAUGAAAAAAUAUGUUUUCAAGUGACCGCAGGUUGAGAUGAGAUUUGGCAUGUCUUAUGCAUGCAGAUAUCCAUGUGAAUGCUCUCUUAAAUUGCAGAAGUCAUACUGAUGGGAAUUGGAAUGAUAUUUGAUGUCACAUCUCCAGGUGACUUCUUCCAUCUGGCCCACCAUGCUUGCAUGCUCCACCAGCAGCAAGGUGCAAAUGCUUUGCAUGCAUAGUAGCCCCCUCCCAAUGUUUUUUGUGGCUAAGCAUUGAAUUAACAGAGACCGUCAGUAAUGAUGAUUUCAGUGAAGGGUGAAGAGGAGGUUGUGGCUAGAGAGAAAAAGUGAUUCAUUCUUCUUUCUGAUUAUUAGUAUUUCUGUUAGUUUCUUUGCACUUAAAGUCCAGUUACUAUGUAAGCCAGUGAAACCUGCAGGCACAUUGCAUUGAGGACUAUGCCCUUUUUCCAUAUUUGCUCCAGUUUUCAGGACAGACACUUUUUAAACAUGCCCGCCAAUGUAUACAGUUCUGAUAGUAGGAAAAUAUGUUGUUAAAUUCUGGCUCUGAUAUAUGUAUCUUUUUUUUAAUUUAGGAAUUUAAGAGGAUAAUGUGUCAUUUGUCUCCUUUCCAGGUGCUACAGUUGCUUCUUUGUCCUGCUUCCAGUCUGUUAAUAGCGUGGGCGACCGAUUUGGAAACUGUGGCAAAGAUAGUGAGAUAAUCCAAUGUGAUACUAAGUAAGUAAUAUGGCUCAAGAGAUACAUAUAAGAUAAUGUAAAUGAAGAAUUAAGCUUGAUUAUAUCAAGUUAAUUUUACACUACACUUUACAAACCACAGCCAUUUAUUAUUUUUUUUUUGUGCUUCCCUACUGCCUACACUAUAUGGCUUCAGGGUGAUGUGAGCAAGUGAUUUACUGAUGUUGCUUUGAACCACAAUCAAAAUAUCCUUCUUUUUUGAUUGCCUAUUUUAACCAAUAGGCGAACAAAAGAGGGGUGACUUUCUGCCAAGUAGCUAAAGCCCCUCUAUGGAGGAUACUUCAAACAAUUACUCUAACCACUAAACCAAUAACUAUAAUAAUGUGUUUGUCUUCUUGCAGAUUCCUGAUUUGCUGGGUGUUCAGCUCAUAUCCUCCCUAUCAUUCAUUUUUCACAUUAGUGUUGUAUUAAAUAUAAAACAUACUGGUCAGACUGGUGAGAUGAUACUAAUGUUCCUGUAGGUAACGGGUUCAUGAUAUCGUGUGUUAAUAGACUUUUAUUUUCUAUUAUUUAUCUAUUUAUCUAUUUCUAGUGUGCUGGGGGAGAUAUAGCGAUUAGGUUUUGUAAUCUUUGUUUGUUGGGUUUAGGAGGGAUGUGAGGGGUUUGGGUUGUGAUGCUAGCGUCUGCAUUAUAUGUAGUGCAUGAUGUGAGUUUGUUGUUCUGGUUCGUAAGUCUCUUGUCUUUGUCUGGGUAUGUGCUGUUUUCUUUUGGUGUGAUGGGGUUAUUCCGGUCUUGGGCUGAGUUUGGGGUGAUAAGGGGUGUAUGUAAAGUGUUGGGGUCUUGUGGGGAUAUGGGGUAUGGUGGCGUGUUAGCAGUGUGGUGGGACUGUAUUUUCUUUUUUGAUUGCCUUAUUUCCUGUGUAAAAAUGUUCCAUUGUAUACCCCACACCUGUCAAGCUUUAGAGAUAUUUAUUGGUAACCACAUGCUCCAUGCUUACUGGGAGACUUAAAUAUAAAAUGCAUUUAUUUUGUAAUAUAGGAUGUUCUGAGAAUUUGCAGUCGCUGACUUUUAAUUUAUACCUUGACGAUCUAAGUGUAGUUUUUAAUACCUCUCAUGGAAACCAGGCGUUACAUGAUAUUCAGCACAAGACAUUAUAUGUUAAAAAUUUUUAGCAUGGAAACUGCUGGUAAUCACUAUCAAUAGCAAUGGCUAUUUUACCAUUAUCGCCUUAUUGUACAAGGUUUGUGGCAAACAUAUAGUCAAGCUCUUCGUCAUUUUUGUAGAUUUGUUCCAUCUAGAUGAUCAUUUUUAUAUGAAUGCAUUGAUUUAUACAUAAUUUUUCUUAUAUAUUACACUCAGUAUGGGGCUUUUUGAUUGCAUUUUUUUACUGCAUAAUAAUUGCACUAAGCGUAAAUUCCGAUUCCACACUCUGGUGCAAUAAAACUCUCAGCUCUAAGCUGUUAUGCACCAGGAACAUAAAGAAAUCAUAUAUUUUUAAUGAAAAACCUUGAUCAUGUACUCACAUUUCUAGAUAACUUUAAAUUAUAUGAUUACAAUUACAACUUGAUUCCAUUUUUUUUUUUGGUUUGUUUUCUUCAGAGAUGUGAUGUGUGGACGUCUUCAGUGUGAGAAUGUGAGAAAAAUUAAAACCCCUGAUAAAUACACUGCAGUAAUUCAGACUCCUAUCAAGGACUCAUUUUGCUGGGGACUAGAUUUCCGGUCUAGAAACAAUUCAUUUGAUCUUGGAGCUGUGCCGGAUGGAGCACAGUGUAACAAAGGAAAGGUACUUUUCUAUGUAGCUUAGUUAGAAACUCAGAAAUUGCUUUCUUUCAUUUAUGUAUCAAGCUAAUGCAACAAAUGGAUGAAAAGAGAGACAAUGAUACAAAAUUAUCUAGGUUAAAGUAUUCAUAUGGGUACUGUAGAAGAUCCCCAGAUGUUUUAAAACUACACCUUCCAUGAUGCUGUCAGGAUUACAAGUUGAUCCAGCACGCAGUACUGUGUCACACCUAGGACUAAGGAUAACGUAUAACCAGACCUUAGAAUGGCCGGACUUAACGUCCAAGAAUAGUCAAAAUACUAGCCGAGGUCAGGGACACAGAAUCAGACACAAAGAUGAAGGACAGCCAAAAGUUAUGGAUUCCAGAUAUCAGGGAAGUCAAAACAAAGACAAAGUCAAAUACCAGGAAAUCAAGAUCAUAAAUGCACUCUUGGAUAACCAUAUACAUAAACCCACGACAGGGCAAUGAGCAAGAGGAGAAUUCUGUUUAAGUACCCCUCCUCGAAAUCCGAUUGGCUGUAACCAGCCUUUGACCUCAAAGGCAAUUACCAGGCGUGCAUAAUUGCUGCUCAGCAAAACCUUUCCUGUCAGGACGGCAAUGCUGCUCGGCACAACUUUUCCUGUCAGGACGGUAAUGUUGCUCGGCACAACUUUUCCUGUCAGGACAGUAAAUGCCAUUAACCACAUUUUGCUGUGCGGAUGAAUAUGUGAUAGAUGCUUCAUCAUUCUAAAGGCUUGCAAAGCAUCAUGCAAGUUUUACAACAUCUUGGGAUCUACCUUUUGGGCAGCCCUACUUCUAUUAUGUAAUUUGAUACUCAUUAUAAAGGCAAUUCCCCAGAGAUUUAAAAAAAAUAUUUUAUUUAUAUGUGAGGAUUAUAAAAUAUAAUCCUAAUGUGAAUAUGGGCACACUAUAGUGAAGCUUACUACAGGGAGUGCAGAAUUAUUAGGCAAAUUAGUAUUUUGACCACAUCAUCCUCUUUAUGCAUGUUGUCUUACUCCAAGCUGUAUAGGCUCGAAAGCCUACUACCAAUUAAGCAUAUUAGGUGAUGUGCAUCUCUGUAAUGAGAAGGGGUGUGGUCUAAUGACAUUAACACCCUAUAUCAGGUGUGCAUAAUUAUUAGGCAACUUCCUUUCCUUUGGCAAAAUGGGUCAAAAGAAGGACUUGACAGGCUCAGAAAAGUCAAAAAUAGUGAGAUAUCUUGCAGAGGGAUGCAGCACUCUUAAAAUUGCAAAGCUUCUGAAGCGUGAUCAUCGAACAAUCAAGCGUUUCAUUCAAAAUAGUCAACAGGGUCGCAAGAAGCAUGUGGAAAAACCAAGGCGCAAAAUAACUGCCCAUGAACUGAGAAAAGUCAAGCGUGCAGCUGCCACGAUGCCACUUGCCACCAGUUUGGCCAUAUUUCAGAGCUGCAACAUCACUGGAGUGCCCAAAAGCACAAGGUGUGCAAUACUCAGAGACAUGGCCAAGGUAAGAAAGGCUGAAAGACGACCACCACUGAACAAGACACACAAGCUGAAACGUCAAGACUGGGCCAAGAAAUAUCUCAAGACUGAUUUUUCUAAGGUUUUAUGGACUGAUGAAAUGAGAGUGAGUCUUGAUGGGCCAGAUGGAUGGGCCCGUGGCUGGAUUGGUAAAGGGCAGAGAGCUCCAGUCCGACUCAGACGCCAGCAAGGUGGAGGUGGAGUACUGGUUUGGGCUGGUAUCAUCAAAGAUGAGCUUGUGGGGCCUUUUCGGGUUGAGGAUGGAGUCAAGCUCAACUCCCAGUCCUACUGCCAGUUCCUGGAAGACACCUUCUUCAAGCAGUGGUACAGGAAGAAGUCUGCAUCCUUCAAGAAAAACAUGAUUUUCAUGCAGGACAAUGCUCCAUCACACGCGUCCAAGUACUCCACAGCGUGGCUGGCAAGAAAGGGUAUAAAAGAAGAAAAUCUAAUGACAUGGCCUCCUUGUUCACCUGAUCUGAACCCCAUUGAGAACCUGUGGUCCAUCAUCAAAUGUGAGAUUUACAAGGAGGGAAAACAGUACACCUCUCUGAACAGUGUCUGGGAGGCUGUGGUUGCUGCUGCACGCAAUGUUGAUGGUGAACAGAUCAAAACACUGACAGAAUCCAUGGAUGGCAGGCUUUUGAGUGUCCUUGCAAAGAAAGGUGGCUAUAUUGGUCACUGAUUUGUUUUUGUUUUGUUUUUGAAUGUCAGAAAUGUAUAUUUGUGAAUGUUGAGAUGUUAUAUUGGUUUCACUGGUAAUAAUAAAUAAUUGAAAUGGGUAUAUAUUUGUUUUUUGUUAAGUUGCCUAAUAAUUAUGCACAGUAAUAGUCACCUGCACACACAGAUAUCCCCCUAACAUAGCUAUAACUAAAAACAAACUAAAAACUACUUCCAAAAAUAUUCAGCUUUGAUAUUAAUGAGUUUUUUGGGUUCAUUGAGAACAUGGUUGUUGUUCAAUAAUAAAAUUAAUCCUCAAAAAUACAACUUGCCUAAUAAUUCUGCACUCCCUGUAUAGUGAACACCUUUGUUGGUUCAAUUUUUCAUACACAAAAUGUGAGUGAAAAUGAGCUCUGGUGAGGUUGCACAUAUGGGGAAGACUAACUUUAUUUGCAGCUACAUACUGGAUGCAACCACCUGCUAGAGCAAAGCCAACAUUAGCUUACCAUAUUCAGGGCCUGAGAUGCUGCUCAUGCAGACACGUGUAGUUGCAUAGAGCCUGUCUAUUCAGUUACAAACCAGGAAUGCUCACUGGGUGCUCAUACUGUAACACAUCCCUCCACAGUGAGGGCUUGGGAGCAGCUCUGAUAUGUGCUUGAUUAGGCAGUUCUCCAUGCUGCUUUACCCUUCAUGAUGAGGAGGUAAAGUUGAUUCAAAAAGGCAUGGAAAAGAAAAAGCAUUUUUGGAUGUGACAUUGAGUGUGAAAGUGAAAUCAGGAGAGGUAACGAACAAGCAUACUCAAAAACGCAAUCACAAGCACACCAGCUCUCUACAAAAAUACAUCUCUGCAAAAAUCACAUCACUUAUAGACAGAUUGACACUCUGCAACCACAAAUACAGACUCUUAGCAUAUAUAAUUUUGUAUUCACUCUCACUGGAUCCCUCUAUUAAUACACACUUGCACCACAUGCCACAGACAGAUCACGAGUCAAAAACAAAGUGCUGUUCAAAUAGUAGAGGUUGUAAGCAAUUUUAAGCAUGGCAAGUAACUGAGGACUUAUAUGUUUUGUGCCCUGACAUAGAUAAUAGCUAUACAUUUUGGAGAGUUGAAAAUUAUCCCUAGCUCUUUUUGGAAGUUUCCCGUAGAUACUUUUUUGAAAGAGAGCACUUUCAAACAAAUGCUUUUAGGCAUAUCCAUGUGUACCUGUCACAAUGGGGCCUUAUAAUACGAUCCCCAAAGAAUAAGGAUUUUUUUUCUGUCCGUUUCUUUUGAACAAUCUAUAUAUAUGGGGAUUUUAUAAAGCUUUUUCAGUAAAUUAAGUAAGCAUUAAAACAGUAAAGAAAGGAACUCUGAACAGUGACGGAAAAUAAUGCUAAAUAAUUAUAUAAUUUUAAAAAAAACAAUGCCAUCCCAUUUCCACAAUGUUAUGACAGGUCAAUGACAUAGAAAGUAGUAGUAGUUCAUUCAUGAAUGACUGUCAAGGAAAGUAAUUAUUUAUUUGAAAUCCCAUAAGAAAACAUUGUAUUGGCGGAGACUGUCAAUUCUGCAGGGACUGACCAUACCAGAAACACUACAAUAAGCUGUCGUUGUUCUGGUGACUAUAGUGUCCCUUUAAAAUCUCAAUUGUUUUUUUAUCAAAAUAUCAAAGGGAUAUACCAGGACAAUAUUAUAGCUCAUAUAUACAGACUUCAAGCCAAAAUAAACAUAAACCAGGGUUGGUACGACAUUGAAAAAUCAGAGAUAAAUACAAAAAUGCCUGACCUAUUUUAUAUUGCCUGGGAUCAUAAAUCCAAAUUAAAUAACAAACUCUUUGAGAACUGUACUUUGAUAUUCGGACAAGCUUGGUCUAAGAUCAAGAAAAUAUUGAAUAUACAUGAACUAAUUCCAUCCUUUCUCCCUUUAGAAUUUUUAGCAUAUGCAAUAAAAGGCAUAAAUGGAAAUCUUGUACAAUAAUAUCCAUAAAUCAGUUACUAAAAAUGUUGGCGUUUAAAAAAUUAUCUGACUUAGUAGACACCUUUCAAUUACGCUCUUGCGACCCAUUUUUUUGCUCUCCACAAGUUUAAAGGGUAAUCCAGACGUGGACCCCUUGCUCACGGUGCCUAAGGAGAUAUCAGCUAUGCCUCACUGAUGAUGCCUAACAAGGCUGAAACGAUCAUCUGAGGUUGCUUUGUCUCUCAUGCAGAGGGAACUUACUGGCAUUUUGGCCCGUAUGGGUGGGACCAGUCUGAUAUGUUUCAGAGAUGUUCUCUCUGUAAUGGCACAAGAUGAGCAAAAACCAGCUUGAGAACUGAGCGGGGACCCACCGAAGGGCAAGUUUUUUCAGUUGCUGCUCGUUCUCGGUAUUCUCUUGCAACCCAUUUUUUUGCUCUCCACGCUCUACGAAAAAAUAAAAAUUUUUUAAGAGUGUGAAGUUUUAUUUAAAAAAAAAUGUCAAAAGAAUUUCUAGAAUUUGAAUCCAAGCUAAUAGACUUAUUCGAUGUCACAAAACCAAGAAAAAAAAGUCUCUCAAAAAACAAAACCACCAACAGCUUUAUUGGUAUGGGAAAAAGAUCACGGUAUUAAACUAAUCAUAGAAAAUUGGUGCAAAGCUCAACACAAGACGCAUUUAGCAAUUAAUUGCUUUAAUCUAUUAGAAACCCGUAAUAGAGGUAAUAGGUAAAAGGUAAUAGAUGGUACGUGGUUCCAACGCGCUUAGCAAAAAUAUCAAAUACAAAUUCCUCCCUAUGCUGGAGAUCUCGUUUAAAAGAGAGAAAAUAUAUCCAUAUAUGGUAGAAAUGCAAAAAGGUUAUAAAUUAAUGGUCCAAGAUAUUAAUUAUUAUUAUUAUUAUUGCCAUUUAUAUAGCGCCAACAGAUUCCGUAGCGCUUUACAAUAUUAUGAGAGAGGGGAUUUAACUAUAAAUAGGACAAUUGCAAGAAAACUUACAGGAACAAUAGUAUGAAGAGGAUCCUGCUCAAAUGAGCUUACAUUCUAUAGGAGGUGGGGUGUAAAACACAAUAGGACAGGUAUUUGCAAUCAAAUAAGGUGGGAGUGAAGCAGAGCUGGAGGAGAGAGUAGAGUGCUGCCCUUUAGGAGAGAGCAAGAGACAGGUAUGUAAGCUAGCGGUUACUCUGGGAGGCCAAAAGCUUUCCUAAACAAAUGGGUUUUAAGGCACUUCUUAAAAGAUGCAAGACUAGAGGAGAGUCUGAUGGCGGUAGGCAGUCUAUUCCAUAGGAAGGGAGCCGCCCGCGAGAAGUCCUGCAAGCAUGAGUUGGCCGUACAGGUGCGAACAACGGACAGGAGGUGGUCCCGGGCAGAGCGGAGAGAUCGAGAAGGGACAUACCUAUGGAUCUGUGAGGAGAUAUAAGAGGGGCUAGAAUUGUUCAGUGCUUUAUAGGUGUGAAUUAGUAACUUUAAUUGACUCCUAAAGGAUACAGGAAGAUAAUGUAAGGACUGACAAAGGGGUGAGGUGUGAAAGAACUGACUAGAGAGGAAAAUCAGUCUGGCAGCAGUGUUCAUUAUGGACUGUAGAGGUACAGUACUGCUUUUGGGAAGACCUAUCAGAGAAGGGUUACAAUAAUCCAUGCAGGAAAUUACUAGAGCAUGGACAAGCUCCUUGGUAGCAUCUUGCGUAAAAAAAAGGGGCGGAUGCGGGCUAUGUUUUUGGAAUCUACAGGAUUUGGCAACAUUCUGGAUGGCUCAAAGGUGAGGCCAGAAUCAAUUAUGACGCCAAGACAGCACACUUGCAAGGAUGGACUUAUGUGGAUACCACUAACUUAAAACUUAAACAGUAAACUAAAUUAACUUAAAAAUUAAAAUACAUAGAACAACACAGGUGGCUCUACUCUAUCUGCAUUGGCCACCCUUAACUCUAUCAGGAAAACAUUUAAUGAAAAUUGUCUAAAAGUUAUUAUAAUUUUAUGUCAAGACAGGAGGCUUCAUAUUUGCUUUACCUUCUUUACUGAAACCUCAAGCAGCAAAGAAAUAGUUAGCAGAACUUUUCAAAACAAGCAAUCAGAACAAAAUAACAGUAGUAUAAAACCACUUAGGCAGACCCUCCCACUCCCUCUUUCUUUGCUGCUGCCUCCAGGUGAGCACUCACCAACUCAGAGUUGUCUCUGCUCUGGGUUGUUUUUUUUCUGCAUGCUUCUUACUUGCUGUGUCAUUUGUAUUCUAUGCACGUGGCUUGUGCUGGGCUGUUUGUGGGGUGGGUGCCCUGCUCCCUGCUAAGAGGUUUGGAUUUCUGCUCUGACCUGUUUCACCACCCUGGGGCUUCCACCCAGUCGGCCCUCACACUGUGCAUUCCGGCGGUUCCCUCCUGGGCUCUACGGCCCCCACUCUCUCCCCCUCACUUCCCAGCUGCUCCCCGCGGCCCCGGUCCGCUUAAUGAGACGUUUUUGACUUGCAGCAGUACCGCGAGACUACCGCAUGGGAGUCCGUGCUCGAUUUUUGCGCCUGUGGCGGCCCUUUUUUGGUUGGAGCCGUGGUGGCCAUUUUUUCGGAGCCACGUGGCUGUAUGGACUCACUCACGCUGCUGUCUGCUGGCCAGCCUUCCCUCUCAAUGUGUCUCCUCUGUAUUGGUUUUGCUGCCCCUUCUUGCAGGGAACUUGCUUUAACUGUACAUACACUACAUCAGUGUAUCCAUAUAAAGCUGAUUUGAAAGCUGUUACUUUGUGAAAUGCAGUUCAGGAUGUUCUAGGACAACUGGGUGAUUUGUGCAUGUAGUUAAUCAUGUUUAGAUCUGUAAUAAACAUGAUGCAUUAUAAAAAAAAUGGACCCUGGAUGGACUGGGACUGUCCCAUACCUACACCUACCUAUCCUGACACUCUCUUCUACUUCUCGGGUGGGCUAACAAGCACCCCAUACAACCCUAUCAUUACAGGGGGUGAACCCCCAUCUACACUACUGGGGGUCCCUGCUUAUAUUGCCCUCUACUGGGCCAUACUGCUGUGCAUGUGGCACUAUUGUGGGUUGGGUGAACCCCUCCCUCUGACAACACUGCUGGACCUUCAGUGUCUUAUUAUAUUCAUAUUGAGGGUGAUCCCUGUAGCGGAUGGCCAUAAGCUGUCCUGGGACUUGUAUUAUUUUUACCUUGUAUUCGUCUAUUUGCUAAAUGUAUAUGCAGUAAUGUAAUGUAUUCGUCUGAUUGUUCGGUAGAAUCAUUCUAACAAAUAAGGGAAUGAAACUACCGAACAAUCAGACCUCCCCGGUGUGAAGUGUGCCUUCAAUUACCCGUUGCAACAUUGUUGCGAACGGGUAAUUGACAAACUGUAUAGCAAUUGUUCUCGGGGUGGCCGCCAUUCGGGAAACGAAAACGUGGCGGCGGCCAUUUUUAACUCCCGAACAGCGGUGUUUUGCCGUCGAGUGUCUGGACUUCAAAACGGACACUCGACUAGGCGAACACCCCUGAGACCUCCAUCAGCCCGGUCCGUUCGGUUCCAAACUACCAAACAGCCCCUCGUUCUGUAGGCAUAAUCAACCGAACGAGGGGAUUCAGGCGAACCCUCCCCAGCCUCUAUAGCUGGAGGCUUUCAGGUACUUUAUUCUCCUUUUCCAGGACCGACCGCAGGGCCCCUUCGCAUGGAGCCCAAUUCGGCUAGUUCUUCCAGUGGGGUCGGUCAUUUUAUUCCCUCCAUGAAAUUCCCGAACCCCUGGUCUGAUCUGGGUGAUUUUUGGAUAUGUCGUUCAACCAGAUCAGAGCUACCAGGGGAUGCAUAAUUUAAAGUGGUACCCCUUGGUUUAGGUGUACAUCCAGAAGCGGGGGGAAUUGCUGUACUGGAUAAGGGGAUUAUGAUGCCGGCUGAGGGGAGGAGAUGUGUGGGAGGUUACCAGGACAGGAUUGGUUAUUGUGAUAAUGAAUGUAAUCCCUCCCUUGCAUGGGAGCAUGCUUUAAAAGGCCACUGUGGAAUAAAGCUUACAGUUCUGCUACUGAUACUGUGUGUCGUCCAGUUAUUGGGAGUGCUGUUGGGAUACUAUUGGAUUAUUUUACCUGCUGGAUACUUUGCCUAUGGAUUUGUAACUGCUGUUCCUGAGCAUCACUGGGAUCUACAAGUGGAGGUAGGCUAUGCAAUACUAGCUCUCCGCUACAAUCCCCUACCGCUGAAUACUCUGCUGGCCCUACAGUGUUCUGUUGUAAUCAUACUGAGGGUGACCCCCUCCCGCUGACUGCACUACUGUACUAACAGUGUCCUGUUCUACUCAUACUGAGGGUGAGCCCCUCCUGAGGACUAUACUGCUGGACUUGCAGUGUCCUAUUAUGUUCAUAAUGAGGGUGACCCCCUCCUGCUGACUGCACUGCUGUACUUACAGUGUCCUGUGAUACUCAUACCGAGGGUGACCCCCGCCUGCUUACUGCACUGCUGGACCUGCAAUGUCCAGUAAUGGUUAUAAUGAGGGUGACUCCCUCCUGCUGCCUGCACUGCAGUGUCUUGUUAUAUUCAUAAUACGGCUGACUCUUACUGCCGCCAGCACUGCUGUACCUACAGUGUCCUUUUAUAUUCAUACUGACCCCCUCCCCUGCUGGCCUAUACUGCAUGGUAUGCUUGUGCUUGUUGGGUGACCCCCUCUUGCACGUUGGAUGACCCCCAGCUGGCCGUACCAGGUACCACACCGAUAGUGUUACCUCUAUGGCAGUGAUACAGUCACGGCCGACGGAGCAGAUUUCCAUGCCCAGAAGGUCCCCAGGCCUGGUUUUGUGCCGCCUUAGUGGACUCAUUGCCUGAGGUCCUCGUUGCCCUACAUGGUGACACUCCACAGACCACCCUGGACUCUGCACCAGGCACCUCAGGAGCUCAAGGCUCUGACUCGGCGAUUCCCUGUAGAUAUGGACUCCGCACGUAAGAGACCUUGGAAGGGCCAUGGCACUCCCACUGACUAAGAGGGAGCUACCUGGCCAGUUUUCAUGAAUGGGUCCGGAAAAGACCCUGCAAAGACCUGGAACAAGGUUUGCACUCUCCCCAGGUCUAACUGCUGAAUGUCAGUGGCACGUUGGCACAGAUGUUUAUCAGGGCGGAUGACGCUCUACGAAGUGGAACACUAGUAGAUGCUAAAUCUCCUUCGUGAAUGGGCCCAAAGAUCUGUCUGUUUGUUUAUAAGGAAACGCCUAUUUGGCCCUGUUUCCCGAACACCGCAAAGCGGCCCCUUCCAAGCUGGAAAGCAAGUUGGCAGACUUGGCAUCCAGGGAAUUGGGUCUGCUCUUCGGAGUUGCCUUCACGAACGAGUUGGACUGACACGUUUCUAUUUAUACAUCUCUCAACUAGUCACAGAUGUUUCUCGGACCGUGCCCGGAUUCAGGAUCAAUUUUGUCGAACCUCAGACACAGAACACUGCUCCAUGGCCGAUACGCAUGGCCAAAGAGGCGUCCGUUACAGUUAACUCCAAAGUUUAUCCCUGCUGUACAAGGGUGCAGUGGAGUGGGCAACAGGCUGACCUCACUUUUUGAGCAUUAUCUCCAUUGUAUGGAUGCCCUCAAAGCAUAUGUUGCCUGUUGACAUUUCCAGGUAGAGGGCACCCAUCUCCUCGGAGACCUGUUCUGCGAGGGUGAUUGGUUCUCCAACUGGAUCAGAGGGAAGCCUGCCUGGGUUUCACCAUCAACAUUGAAAUAUCGGAACUGACUCACUCUCAGUCAGUCCAGUUUCUGGGUUUCGUGAAAUAUUCGGUUCAGGCGGUGCUCCGUCUUCCAAUGCCCAUGGUGACCACCUUCAGGAAGGAUAUCAGAUGCAUGCUCUGCAACGUGCAGGUCACACUUAGGGACCUGGCCCGGAUGAUAGGCCUGUUGUCAUCCUCCAUUGAACCCAUUUUUCCAGGACCUUGCACUAUCGGACACUCCAACGCCUGAAAGCUCGCUAUCUCAGGUCAUUGGUGACUUCGACAUAUGGAGACCUGGAACGGCAAGGCGAUUUUCGGACCCCAACCAGACUUCGUCCUGGAAUCUAACGCUGGCUGUAUGGGCUGGGGCGCUACUUGCAAUGGUGUGGCAACAGGAGGACUCUGGACUCCAGAGGAGAGCGCUCCUCACGUACAACUGUAUGGAGCUAACUGCAGGUUUGUUCGCCAUUCGCAGUUUCCCCAGGGGAAGAAUCACUGCUCGCUGCAUCCCUGCAUGGACAGCGUCCCCACUGUCCGCUCCGGACUGCAGUCGGACCUCACAAAGGAUCUCUAUCUAGACUGUGCCCCUUCACUCAGAUCUGAUUGCUUCCAGGGUGAACUGUUAAACAGAUUGGUUCUUCAGUUGGCUUCCGGACCCUCUCAGCGAGGUAGUGGCCGCGUUCUCCAAGACUGGCCUCCCUCGGGGAAGUAUGCAUUCCCCCUUUUCUUUUUUCUACAGGUUACUUCGGACAUUGCAUCAGACCAAACUCCUGGGAGUGUCGUGUCUCCUGGUCACACCACUUUGCUGGAGUUGUUGGGCGAAGACCUUCUACUACUCCCUGUCUCCUACGAGAUCCACAAGAGAAUCCACAUCCAUUGAUAUUAGAGGAUCGCCUACCACUACUGGCUUGGACCAUUUCCGGGUUGCUGGGAUUUGUCAGACCUAUCGACAACGGUUAGAGAGUUCCUCUGGGACGCUUGGGCACCUGGCUGCAGAUGAUCAUACCUGCACUCCUAUCAUGGCUGUCCUAAACUGCCUGGCUGAAUUGUUUUCUCAGGGUAAGUUUCAUGGGAUCAUUUACGUCUUAGGUCAGCUAGCUCGACGGCUCAUGUGCCUUCUCAAGAUUCUGGCAUUGGUAAGGACCCCUUGGUCUGCAGACUACCUCUUGCUGUUCCUCAGUUUAGGAUGUAUCGCUUGUUCUGCGUUUCCUUGAGGAAUGGCCUGCUGCCGAGGAUUUGUCUUUGCGACAGCUUUCCGCUUGGCUGGCUCUCCUGUUAGGUCUUGUAUUUUUUUGUCGCGUUCUGAUGUUCGUGCUUUUGAUGUAGAAUCUUUUCCUUCUCAGCGGACGGUGUGUCUGUUUCUAUUCUGCGCAGGACCACAUCUAUUUGUCUUCUGUAUUGUAUCCCUAAUCUUCAGAUAGGCCACGUCUCUGUACGGCACGUUGCCUACGGACGUAUAGAUCCAAAACCUCGUCCUUCUGCUAUUGGGCAGCUGUUGAUUUCUUACAUCCGACCGUUUAGAGCUGUUUCUGCACCUUCGCUCGCUCAUUUGAUUCGGUGGUUUCUCUCAUCGGCUGGUAUUGCGAGUUCCUUUGGGACACAUUUGGUUCGGGACGGUGCAGCUUCAGCAGCUCUAGAAGCCGGUGGGUUCCUUCUGGAUUUUCUCUGCACCGCUGAUUGGUCUAGGAAAUUGACUUUCCGUUCCUUUUAUUUCCGUCCUCGAUCUCUUGUUUCUUCUGUUUGUAUGUCUGGGCGUUAAAAUUGCAAAUAUGAAGCCUCCUGUCUUGCCAUAAAAUUAGGUAUUAUUCUAGCCUCGUGAGGGAAUAAUCUAAAUUUUAAUAAAGACAGGAGGCGAAUAUUUCCUUCCCCCCCCCUCCCCCCCUUUUUUUUCGUUUCCCUCCCUGGAAUUGUUUUUUUUUUCUCUUAUGAUUAAUUGGAGAUAUUGUUAUGUUUUUUGUAAAUGCAUGGUCUUGUAUAAUAAAGAUUAUUUCUAUUAUACGGUGGUGAUUGUCCGUGUGUGUUUUAUUCAUCAUGUAUUGUGAUGUGCAAGUAAUAUUGUAUGGAUAUUACAUCUUGCUUUGACAGUUUACUUUCACAAUGUUUCUUUUUGUUUUGCAGUGUAAUCUGUUUUCCCUCUGGUUUUGACGAUUUUCUCUAAAAGUGCCUGCUACAAGGUGGAUUUGUUGUUUUUCCUUGCUCUCCUUCCUGCUCGACCUCAUCAAAGGAAGAGGAAGUGGAAGGGUCUGCCUAAGUGGUUUUAUACUUCUGUUAUUUUGUUCUGAUUGGUUGUUUUGAAAAGUUCUGUUAACUAUUUCUUUGCUGCUAGAGGUUUCAGUAAAGAAGGUAAAGCAAAUAUUCGCCUCCUGUCUUUAUUAAAAUUUUGAUUAUUCCCUCACCGAGGCUGUAAAUCCACAUUGUAAAUCCCAAAUAAUUUUAAUAUGGAAAGCAGUAUUAAAGGGACACUAUCGUGACCAGAACAACUACAGCCUAUUGAAUUUGUUCUGAUGAGUAGAAUCAUUACCUUCAGGCUUUUUGCUAUAAACACUGUCUUUUCAGAGAAAAUGCAGUGUUUACAUUACAGCCUAGUGAUAACUUCACUGGCCACUCCUAAGAUGUCUGUUAGAGAUCCCUCCUGGGUCAUUGCUGCCUAAAAUGCAUCAAAACAUUCAGUGUCUCCUCCCUCUGCAUUACUAUACUUAGGGAGGCAUGAGGGGACCAGGGUGGCUAGAUGGUGGUUUUAACCCUAUAGGGUCAGGAAUACAUGUUUGUGUUCCUGACCCUAUAGUGUUCCUUUUAAUCAUUUAAUCUUCCAAAUCCAGAUAAAGAGAUUUGUGGUCGAAAUGUGGUCGAAAUGUGGUCGAAUCUGUGGUCGAAAUGUGCACUCUCAAAAAAAUAUGGGAUUAAUGACUGAAAUUAAUUUAAAUCAAUCCAAUAAGAGAUUUCAGACCAAAAAUAUGUGCAUUAAUUAUAUUUAAUCCCUAGCAAAAAAGAAGAGAUUUAGAGGGUUACCCCUAGAUCUAGAUGACAACUCAACACAAUACUAGUUAUACUCUCCUCAUCUACACUCCUCUCCUUGAUAAUAUAAAGGUUUUUUCUUUGUACUGCUUUCUUUGUCUGUCUUUUCUCUUGUAUAUUUUAUUUCUUUAUCCCUUGACAUUUAACAAAUAUUACACACAAUAUUUAAAAAAAAAAAAAAUAUUACAAUGUUAUGUCUUGGGAUGUUAUGUAAAAGUGUUGGAGGUUUUUGGCGACUGAUGGUAAUACUAGAUUUUGGCAUACCAGCUAUUAUGUAUCAGGAACCAUAGUUAAGUUUUGAUGUUGAAAUGUGAAGUAUGCCAUCAUUGAUCUUCCUUAAUACAUGCUAUUCUUUUUUUAUUUAUUAAGAUUUGCAUGAAACAAACUUGUGUGGAUGUUUCAGUUUUGGGAUAUGAUUGCGAUGUUGAAAAGAAGUGUGGAGGAAAUGGGGUGAGUAAAUCAAUGAUCAAGAUACAGAUAAAACCAGUAAAACAAAAAGCAGAUUAUGACACUAUUACUACCAUUGUCACAUCCUUUGCAGCCACUGGAGGGCACUCUCACAAAGGAAAUAAAAAAAGUAAACUCUGAUAAUGGUAUCGAUGCAGAUAUAUAGCUUGUCCAUUUUAAAUCAUUCUCAUGGAAGGAUACCUAGCCAAAGCAACUGUUUUGCAGCUAAACAGGGAUGCGUAACAGUACAGUAUAGGCCCAAUGCAGAAGAAUAUACAUAUGAAGAAGGUGCAGUUGUUAGUGCAUAAAAUUAUGCAUAUCGUUAUUGACCAUGAGUGAAAUGGUAUAGAUCAGGGUGUUGCCGUGGAUGUGAUCUAUUUGGAUUUUGCCAAGGCAUUUUAUACAGUUCCACACAAUAGAUUAGUGUUCAAACUCAAGGAAAUCGUUCUAGAUGAAAAUGCUUGUUCUUGGGUAGAACAUUGGCUUAAAAACAGAGUACAAAGAGUUGUCAUUAAUGGUAAAUUUUCAAACUGGACAGAGGUGGCAAGUGGUGUCCCUCAGGGGUCUGUUCUGGGACCCCUUCUAUUUAACAUGUUUAUAAAUGAUCUUGAAGACAGCAUUGAAAGUCAUGUUUCAGUGUUUGCAGAUGACACAAAACUUUGUAAAACAAUACAAUGUGAGCAAGAUAUUACUUUGCUGCAGAGGGAUUUAGAUAGACUGGGGGACUGGGCACUCAAAUGGCAGAUGAAAUUUAAUGUUGAAAAAUGCAAAGUUAUGCACUUCGGCGUAAAGAAUACACAAGCAACGUAUACCCUUAAUGGAAGCAAAUUAGGGAUAACAACACACGAAAAGGACUUGGGAAUUGUUAUAGACAACAAACUAUGCAACAAUGUGCAAUGUCAAUCAGCAGUGGCCAAGGCCGGUAAGGUAUUGUCAUGCAUGAAAAAGGGCAUUCAUUCUCGGGACGAGAAUAUAAUUUUGCCUCUUUAAAAAUCACUGGUAAGACCCCAUAUUGAAUAUGCUGUGCAAUUUUGGGCACCUGUUCUAAAGACUAGGGCUACAAAAUUAAUAAAAGGAAUGGAACAUAUCAGCUAUGAAGAAAGGUUAAAAAAUUUAAACCUAUUUAGCUUAGAAAAACGUUGCCUGAGAGGGGAUAUGAUAACAUUAUACAAAUAUAUUCGGGGCCAAUACAAACCAUCGUGUGGAAAUCUAUUCACAAACCGGACUUUACAUAGGACACGAGGCCAUGCGUUUAGACUGGAAGAAAGAAGAUUUCGUCUAAGGCAAAGGAAAGGUUUUUUUACUGUAAGAACAAUCAGGAUGUGGAAUUCUCUGCCUGAGGAAGUGGUUUUAUCAGAGUUCAAACAGCUACUAGAUGCAUACUUGCAAAAACAGAAUAUUCAAGGAUAUAAUCUUUCAAUGUAGGGUAAUAACUGCUUGAUCCAAGGAUAAAUCUGACUGCCAUUCUUGGGUCAAGAAGGAAUUUUUUUCCUAGCUUGUUGCAAAAUUGUGCUUCAAACUGGGUUUGUUGCCUUCUUUUGGAUCAACAGCAAAAAACAAAUGUGAGGAAAGCUGAACUUGAUGGACGCAAGUCUCUUUUCAGCUAUGUAACUAUGUAACUAUGAAACACAGUCAGGGUUAUUUACUAAAGUGAGAAUUCAAAGUGAAUUUCAAAUUUAAGGCCAUAAUAGCUGUGCCAAACUUGAGAAAUUAAAUAACUUAGCUAUGCUUUAACCAAACUGGAAGCAUAGCUAAAUUAUAUAAUUUUUCCAGUUUGGCACAGUUAUUAUGGCCUUAAAUUUGGAAUUUGCUUUGUAUUCUCACUUUAGUUAGUAAUCCUGAGUAUAAUCAGCUGUGCCAUUGACAUCUUAAAAGUGUCCUUAAAAUAAUUAUUUGAAGAGGUGCAAAAGUCUAGCUUCUUUUAUUUCAAAAAUGUACUCUUACUGGUCUAUGAAUCGAACAGGGCUUAACCAAAUCUUGAAUGCUUCCUGUCCGCUCGAGGAAGGCUCCCUCACACGCAGAGCCUGAUCUCUCGGUCCUAGGCAGAAGCCUUGGCCACCUAAUUGGUAAUCCAGCUCUCCAUCCCAAAGCAACUGUAGUCCCUUUUAACAACCUCGUAAAAUAUGGUCUCAAAAUUUUCACUGCCACUAGCCAUUGGGAAUAGUGUGAGAAUGAAUAUUAUAUCAGCUCCCAUUCUUUUGCUGAAAUUAAUAUAAUGUAUACAUAUAUGUUUUUAUUUUGUUAAUCUUAGGUGUGCAAUAAUAAGAAGAACUGCCAUUGCAAUAUGAACUGGAGUCCUCCUAACUGUACUCAGCAAGGAUAUGGAGGAAGUGUGGAUAGCGGGCCACUAACCAGAAGCUCAAUUGUCAAUUUUACCUCACCAAUUAAACAUCAACUACCUAAUGGUACCUACAUAGCUUCAUAA